AUGUCUACAUCCAUGCAGGAUACACCCAAGCCCAAACCGCAUCGAAUACUGGCAUGUGUUCUCUGCCAGCAACGAAAGGUCAAAUGUGACCGCACCUUUCCUUGUUCCACUUGCGUCAAGCAUGGUACACAAUGUGUACCGGCUACCCAGCCAAGGUCCCGAAGGCGGCGCUUCCCUGAACGAGAGCUACUGGACCGGCUAAGGAGAUACGAGGCGUUGAUGAAGCAGAACAACGUCAAGUUUGAUCCUCUUCAUGAUGACAACAACAGUACAGCAAAGAGUUCUCCCAAUGACUAUUAUUCCGACGACGAACAGAAAGACGAUGGUGGUUCACAGGAUAGGUCCGAGGCUGUAUCCGAAGUCAAAAGCAUUUGGCAAGCCAUGCGUCAAGGGUAUCGAGAUCCCAACGAUGCUUUCUACGAAAACGUCUUCAGCCACGCCCAAGAUCAAAUGACAGUCAGCGACCAAGACAUGCUGUUCGGCUCACGACAGUCAGCAGUUGAGCUACACACUCUUCAUCCAGACCCGGCGCAUCUAUUCCGGCUGUGGCAGAUAUACCUCGACAACGUCAACCCGCUCAUGAAAGUUACACACACCCCAACUCUUCAAGCUCGUAUCGUUGAAGCUGCGUCUAAUCUGAAAGAGAUAUCUCCUACACUGGAAGCAUUGAUGUUCAGCAUAUACUGCAUGGCCAUCCUCAGUCUGUCGCAAGAAGAAUGUGUGACUAUGUUCAAACAACCCAAGGAGCAGCUCUCCACGCGAUAUUAUUUCGGGUGUCAGCAAGCAUUAUCCAACUGCAAUUUCCUACGAACUGACAAUCGCGAUUGUUUGACUGCAUUGUUCCUCUACCUGGUGUCCGUCCGCUCAGCCAGCCAUCCGAAAUCCGUCUCUUCCAUGCUAGCUGUAGCCGUCCGCAUCGCCGAACGCAUGGGCAUUCAAAGUGAAGCAAAAAAUGCCCGGUGCAGCAUUCUCGAAGCAGAACUGCGGAGGAGACUCUGGUGGUCUCUCGUCCUAUUCGACUCUCGUUUCAGUGCUCUGGGUGAUCACAAACCCACGACUCUUGUCCCAAGUUGGGACUGCGCCUUGCCCACGAACGUCAGCGACUCGGAAUUGCGAGAAGAGACAAAGGCUCCGCCAAAGGUCCAGGAUCAAGCUACAGAGGCUAUCUUUGCUAUUGUGAGAGGCGAGAUCGGUGAAUUCUACCGCAACAGCCCUUUUUACCUGGCCUUUACGAACCCCGUCAUGAAACCUUUGGCCAAGAAGCUACCGCCCGGCGGUGAUGUUACUCUGGAGAAGAUGAUCGAAGACAAGUACCUUCGAUUCUGCGAUCCGGAUAAUCGCGUUCAUUACAUGACCAUGUGGACUGCGCGAUCAAACAUUAUGAAUUGUCGCCUGAUGAACGACUACCUCACCUAUCUCGACACUUCCACACAAUACACAUCGGAUCGACAAGAGGCCGCCGUUUCGUGCGCCCUUCACUGGCUAGAAUGCGAUACGAAAAUAGCAGGCUCGCCACUAACAAAGAACUUCCGCUGGUUUCUCCAACUUCACUUCCCGUUUCCGGCGUAUAUCCGUGUUAUCCAGCACCUGAAAGGGCAGCCGUUUUCUGAUCAGACGGAGAGAGCGUGGAAGGUCAUGCAUGACAACUACUCUGUUAGAGCAACGCCAGAUGCACAUAUACCCGCUCCUGCUUUCAGACCAUUCACCAAUAUCGUCUUGUACGCGUGGGAGACUGUCAAGAAGGCCCAUGAAGAGGCUGGAAAGCAGAUAACCACGCCCGAUAUUGUGGACUUUAUUAACGAAAAGGUUGCGGAUAUGUCUUUGGAGACAGAUGAUCAGAAGAAGGAGCAAUCUCAGGGUGCGAUGGAUAUGGACGAUAUGUCUAUGCAGAUGCCAAUGGGAUUUGGAGAUCCUAGUAUGCUUUUUGGUAUGAGUGAGCAGGGCUUUGGAGAUAUGACAGGGCCUACUAUGGCGGAUCCGUCGUCAUUGACUAUGGAUUUAUCUCAGCUGAAUUGGGGAUCAAUGAGUUGGGAGCCAGGAGUCAAUGGGAAUUGGUAG